GACCCACACGGAUUUAGCCGCUUAAAGCGUAACGAAGUGGACUUUGUAACGAAACUAAAACAAGAGUUCUCACUCGCUCUCAUACCUGUUAACUCAUGCGGUUUACUCCGCAUUCUUGUACGGGGAAGUUGGGUUUUUUGAAGUCCACACGGCGCACGGUCGUAUUUGUUUGUGUUUCUCUCUUGUGAUGGAAUUUGUAGGUUGAACGUUGAGAUGUAUAAGGGCACGGGGUGAUCAAUAAGGUCUGAAUUGGUCUGUAAUAAGAUCUACCACAUUUAAAGACGCUUUCUGGAACAACGAGGAACUGGUGAGAGAAAGAAAAUGGCUGGAACAAUGUGGACGUGCGGUGCGCUGCUGAUGAUGCUGGCUGUGACCAGCAAAGGGGACCAUCCAAUCGGAUUCCAGCCAGAACAAAUGCACUUGUCUUCUACCGGGAACCCACGCUCCAUCAUGGUGACAUGGGUGACGACCAAUAAAACGGACUCGAUCGUUGAGUAUUCGCGCUUUGGAUCCAAGCUCUUUGGGCUGAAGGCCAUUGGAAGCAGCACUAUCUUUACAGAUGGGGGAGUUGAGAAGCGUUUCAUGUACAUCCACCGGGUCCUCGUCAAAGAGCUGGAUCCUGGAGCACAAUAUGUCUACCACUCUGGGAGCACAGAUGGCUGGAGUGAUAUGUUCUUUUUUUCGGCCAUGCGGGAGGGGUCUGACUGGAGUCCCCAACUUGCCGUCUUUGGAGACAUGGGUAACGAGAACCCACAAUCUCUAGCUCGCCUGCAGAAGGAGACUCAGAUGGGCAUGUAUGACGCCAUACUGCACGUCGGUGAUUUUGCUUACGAUAUGGAUGAGGACAAUGCCAGGAUUGGAGAUGAAUUCAUGAGACAGAUUGAAUCCAUCGCGGCCUAUGUACCCUACAUGACAUGUCCUGGAAAUCACGAGAAUGCAUACAAUUUUUCAAAUUACAGAAAUCGGUUUUCUAUGCCUGGAAACACAGAAGGCCUCUGGUACAGCUGGAACAUUGGUCCUGCACACAUCAUUUCCAUCAGCACAGAGGUGUAUUAUUAUACAGACUAUGGCCUGGACCUUCUGCUUAAGCAAUACGAGUGGCUCAAGAAGGAUCUAGAGGAGGCCAGCUUGCCAGAGAACAAAAAACAGACUCCUUGGAUCAUCACAAUUGGACAUCGGCCCAUGUACUGCUCCAACAAUGAUACCGAUGACUGCAAGACAUUCAACAGCCGGGUCCGAACGGGAUUCAACUCGAGCUUGGGAGUGAUGCCUGGCUUGGAGAAACUUUUCUUCAUAUAUGGUGUUGAUAUUGAGUUUUGGGCUCAUGAGCAUUCUUACGAGAGGCUGUGGCCAAUCUAUGACUACAAGGUUCUCAACGGCAGCAGAGAUUUUCCGUAUGUGAACCCCAAAGGGCCUGUACAUAUCAUCACAGGCUCUGCGGGAUGCAGAGAGAGGGUUGAUCCGUUCGUUCCUCAUGCUAGAGACUGGAGUGCUUUCAGGAGCUCUGAUUACGGAUACACACGUUUGAAGAUCCAGAAUGGCAGCCAUGUAUACCUGGAGCAGGUGUCCGAUGACCAGAGUGGCAAGGUGAUUGACAGUAUGUGGCUCAUCAAAGAAAAUCACGGCGUUGCAGCAUGGGUUUGAACUUGCAGAGAUAAAAAAAACAACCAAGAUGCACCAUCACAAUUGAUUGAUAUGCUACUGAGUAAUUGUUCUUUUUAAAAAGUGUGAUUAAUUUUUAAUAAUGCAAUUUUUAUGCAAGUAUGCACUUUAUGAAGAAAUACAGAUGAUCACUUUACAACAUGUUUAAUGUUGCUGAAAUAAUGUUUUACGUGUACAUUUUCACAAGCAAUAUAUAUGCACAGAUAUCUGUCAAUGCACUGCUGAAUGGAGGUGUGCAUUUUACUGCUUACAAUUUUGCAAAUGUAUUAAUAAAAUAAGUUCACAGCA